AUGGCAGUUGCGGUGGGGGAUGGGUGUGUGAGCACCGGUGGCCGGCCAUCGGCAACAUGGUGGCUUUUAGAAACGCUGUUGCCGGAAACUGACGUCAGCCAUUACUUUCAGGAAGGCAGCGUUUUGGGCUUCGCGAGGGGCACAAAGGGUUUCUUUGCCAUGGGUAAGGGUGGGUUUGAUAAAACCUUUGACACAGGGCUACCAGCUGGGGAAUACUGUGAUCUCGUCAGCAACUGUGCCCAGAAGAUCACUGUGGAUGCCAGUGGAAGUGCCCAUUUGACUCCAUACGACUCCAGUAAUCCUGUUGUAGCAUUUGUUGUUGAUGGUCCGAAGACCGGAUGUAAUGUAGGGAUGGGAAGUGGCACUGGCACCGGGACUGGCACUGGUACCGGCACUGGCACCGGCACUGGCACUGGCACCGGCACUGGCACCGGCACCGGCACUGGAACUGAAGCUCCAAGGGCCACAAUCGACUAUGGAGACAACCCAUGGCGAAGAACAGUCAUCUUGAUAGAGAGACAAACCAGUGUAGGCCAGGACCUCUUUAUUCGGGGAGGUAUUGACCACAAGCAUCGGUCAGGCUGCACCAGCGUUGCAUCCAGCAGCGCAUGCGCCAUUCCCAUCAAGCACCGCGACUUGGGCACGGGGAGCCACUUUGCUAAGGUGAGCGCUUGGAGCGUGGGCGAUGAUUACCUGGACUGGUACGGGGCUGAGUCGGGUCAGGGUAGCUUCCAAGGACUUCCACCCACCGGCACCCCUGCUGUCUGGACAACAAACGACCGCAGCAAUUCGGGCUACAGCGAGUUCAACAAGUAUGGACAACAUUACUGGCUCAUAGACGUGGACAUGGAUUGCUCCAAGACUGAAGACAGUUACUUUGAGUUCAAAGCGAUUGUGGGAAGCUGGGAAGGUGACAUAGGCGCCAGCACGUGCACAGGAGCAGGAGGCGGAGCCGCGCCCUACACGUCCGUCAACCACAUUGCUCGCUGCGGUUUUCUCAACGUCUUUCAUUUCGGAAGCAGCGCGUGCACCAUAGACACACUGUCCUAACUUUCAGGAAGACUCCUGCCGAACUUGACUCGCUUGUUUGACGAUAAAACACUGAGGAUUGUAA